UUACAAUCUAACAAAUAUCAUCAACUUUUAGCUAUUACAUUCAUAAAAUGAAUAAUAAAUUAAUUUUUUAUUCAUUAAGUUCAUUAAAAUGAUGUCAUUUUACUUAGAAUACGCAAGUCGAUCAUACCGGUCAUACCGGUGGUGUCAUGCCGGUUUCAUGACCGGCACAGGUUGAACCAUGUUCAACCGGGUGGCAUGCAACCGGCAUGACAACCAUGCUCCCGAGUGACACGUGGUAUCACAUGGCUGAACUGUGACGCUCAAUUCGAACAAGACAGGUAACCUGAGCCUUCUAUCCUACCGUUAAGGAUAGAACAGAUGACAACCGGAAAACAAGGCGGGCAUUUAACCACUUUUUUUCUUCUUCAUAAAACUGGACAAAAAUGGCGGUGGUGUGCUUGUCCGUUGUUGCAUCUGCUUCAUUGCCGAGAAUCAGCUCUACAGACACCACAACCUCCAUCUCCGUUCGCAGAACCAUCCGCCUCUUGAAACCGUACCGCCGGAACCAAAGUAUUAAUCCAACCGGUAGAAGCUUGACGAGUCGACGACUCAACGCCGGGUUGUCAGAAGUCGAGCCCGAUCUCAGAGAGGAACCAAUCGACCAGUGGGGAACUCCUGGAAUUGACCCAGAAGAUUUUGAGUACGGAAUUUAUGAUGGGCACCACACUUACUUCGAGGGAGAGGAGGACAACCAAGGAACGUUUUGGGGUGCCAUUGCUGACGAUAUCAAGGCCGUGGAACCACCCUCUGGCUUUCAGGGCUUCUUAUCGUGGCUAUUUCUCCCAGCAAUAGCCGCUGGGAUGUACCUCAAUGUUCCUGGUGAAUUCCUGUUCGGCGGGGCGGCGAUCUUCGCGACGAUAUUCGUGGUGAUAGAGAUGGAUAAGCCGGACAAGCCACACAACUUCGAGCCACAGAUCUACAACAUGGAGAGAGGGGCGCGGGACAAGUUGAUCAAUGACUACAACACCAUGAGCAUCUGGGAGUUCAACGACAAGUAUGGGGAGCUCUGGGAUUUCACCAUCCAGAGGGAUGACAUUACCAAGCGAGUCUAGCUUUUUUCUAGGGGGUUCUCUUGUUUUCCUUUACUCUUACAGAUGAUGUUACCAAGAAGUCACCGCAAUAUAAUGUAUAGGAACUUGUUUAUAUUUUUCGAGUUCAAUCUUCCUUUUGUUCCCCCUAAACUAAAUUAGACGGUUAAUGCUAAUGGUUAACCGAAAUCGUUACCCCUCCCUGCCGGGUUCGACUUUUGUUAGAAGCAACUAAAAACAGUUAGAAAUCGUUUAUGCGUGAACGCUGAUGGAUGAGUCGCUCAUCGGGUUGGGUCCUGUCUUUAAACCUCAAAUUUAUGAACUUUCUUAAACCUUGAAGAGGAGAGAGAUGUGAGCAUGUAACUAACCCAUAACUAAAUAAAAUGGUAAAUGAGGAAGUUUCCGUAAUUAUUUAAUGCUAAUAAUUAUUGUAAUUAUUUCUGAAAAUGCUAAAUGGACUAUAAAGUAUAGACACACCACUCGCUCCGUCAAUGGCGAAAAAACCCAUUAUCACCAUACAACAAGCCGGCGACAUAGAAAAAUCGGUGACAGAGCAGUUUCAGGGACGAAGGUUGCAGGACGAAAGCCGCGAGGGAGACAUCGCCACAAUAGUGGACGUACAGGCACAACAUCGCCAUCAUUUUCUUUGUGCUGCUCGUGAUCUGUUUAAAGCGGCUAGCGUCGGCACUGGUUAUUACCAACAAAAAAAAAACCAAACAUGUCGAUCGGUUUUCGAUAGGUAUGGUCUCUGCUAUGUGGUGUUUUUUGGUUACGCUUUUAUGAAAAUGUUGGAAAGAGAACACGUUUUCAUUGAUAAUGGUACAGUUUGUGUUAAUAAUAUAAAUACAAAAUAUAAAUUCAUUUUAAGUAUGUUGAAAAUAGACAUAUUUAUAUUAAAAAUUAGGCACGUUCUUAUUAAUAAUAGAAAUACAAAAUGAAAGUAAAGGGUUAUUAACGCAAUUGGCAUCAAGUAUUAGCAACUAGUGGUUCAAUUAGUAAUCUUGAUGAUAACGACAUGUUAUUAAUGAGCUACUUGUAUUUUUGUUUUCGGGGAAAAUGCAUAUCUCAUUAAUGGUUAAUUUUGGUAGGAUAUGCCUUCAGUAUCUAGUACUAUUUGUCGGUAUUAUUGUUAAUAACCUUGAUGAAUUAUUGAUAACUUGAAACUUCAGAAGUAAAAUUCCCCAUUGUGAAUCAUGGACAGAUUUGAAUGCGUCACUCACUGAUGAAGUGUUUGUGACACCAUCCAAUUGGCAAGGCGAGCAUGCAAUACAAGAGGAGGAGGUGUCCAUAGAUAUGUCUUUUGAAGGUAACUUUGUUGUUUGUUAGUACGAGUAACUUGGUGUUAUUUUGUUAUUGGAAGGUCGUUGAUAAUUGAAGGAUGUGUAUUAAUAAUUGAAAUUUGAACAGUUGAUGCGGAUGAUAUCACCAAUUUGGAUAGAUUUCCAACAGAUGUGGACCUCUGCCUCAAUAGGGAUACAAGUUAGUGUUGUUAUUAACAAUAAUGGUUAUCAUCAGUAAUAGCAUAUGGCUAAUCAAUUAUCUAAUCGUGCAGUGCAGGAAGUUAUUGAGCGAUUCUACAGAGAAUAUGCCCAUGAUAAUGGUUUUGGCAUGAGAAAACAAGGAGCUCCUAAAGUCAACACCAAAAGUAAAUUUAGUGAGAAAGCUCACUAUAUCUAUUGUGUGUGCAGCAAGAGUGGAUUUCGUAAAAAGAGUGAACUGGAUUCCAAAAACAAAGGCAAGAUUGAUAAUACAACUCGCAGACGGAAUAGAGCAGAGACCGGAUCAGAUCAGGUCCUUAAACCCCCUUUCUUAAGGAGGAUCUUAAACCAAUUCCAGCCAAUAGGAGAAGGAGAGAGAGAGAGAGGAACAUUAGUAAUCAUUAGCUAACUACCUACAAGGGUAAGACUGGAAUAUAAUAAAAAUUUAAUG